GCCGCUGCCGCUACUGCUGCUGCAGGGAAAAUGCUGAGCCCUCCCGGGCCGGGUGGGCGGCGGCGGCGAGGGCGGCGACGGGGACCCACUUCCCGGGCGCGGCGGUGGCGGUCAUGGCCCGGCUGGCCGACUACUUCAUCGUGGUAGGCUACGACCACGAGAAGCCAGGGUCAGGAGAAGGCCUGGGGAAAAUAAUCCAGAGAUUUCCACAAAAGGACUGGGAUGAUACACCCUUUCCACAGGGAAUUGAGUUGUUUUGUCAGCCUGAUGGGUGGCAGCUGUCCAGAGAGAGGAAGCAGCCAACGUUCUUUGUGGUGGUCCUGACAGAUAUUGACUCGGAUCGACAUUACUGCUCAUGCCUAACCUUCUAUGAGGCAGAGAUCAAUCUCCAGGGAACAAAGAAGGAAGAGAUUGAAGGUGAAGAGGAAGUGUCUGGUUUAAUUCAGCCUGCAGAAGUGUUUGCUCCCAAAAGCCUGGUGUUGGUAUCCAGAUUAGAUUAUCCAGAAAUUUUUAGGGCUUGCCUGGGUUUAAUCUACACUGUGUAUGUGGACAGUCUCAACGUCUCCUUGGAAAGUCUCAUUGCAAACCUUUGCGCCUGCCUUGUCCCAGCAGCUGGAGGGUCUCAGAAGCUGUUUUCCUUGGGUGCAGGAGAUAGACAGCUGAUCCAGACUCCUUUACAUGAUAGUCUUCCCGUCACAGGCACUAGUGUGGCUCUCCUGUUCCAACAAUUGGGAAUUCAAAACGUCCUCAGCCUCUUUUGUGCAGUACUCACAGAAAAUAAAGUUCUCUUCCAUUCUGCAAGUUUCCAGAGACUUAGUGAUGCUUGUAGAGCCCUGGAAUCUUUAAUGUUUCCACUUAAAUAUAGUUAUCCUUACAUUCCCAUUCUCCCGGCUCAGCUACUGGAAGUUCUCAGUUCCCCAACACCUUUCAUUAUUGGAGUACAUUCUAUCUUUAAAACUGAUAUCCAUGAACUUUUAGAUGUAAUCAUAGCAGAUUUGGAUGGAGGCACCAUUAAAAUUCCUGAAUGUAUUCACCUCUCUUCCCUCCCAGAGCCACUUCUACACCAGACUCAAUCAGCUCUUUCUUUGAUUUUACACCCAGAUCUGGAAGUAGCAGAUCAUGCUUUUCCUCCUCCACGAACAGCUUUAUCGCACUCAAAAAUGCUGGAUAAAGAAGUGCGGGCAGUUUUCCUUAGAUUAUUUGCACAACUUUUCCAAGGCUAUAGAUCAUGCCUACAACUUAUAAGAAUUCAUGCAGAGCCAGUAAUACAUUUUCAUAAAACAGCUUUCUUGGGGCAGCGUGGUUUGGUCGAGAAUGAUUUCCUCACCAAAGUACUCAAUGGAAUGGCAUUUGCAGGUUUUGUUUCAGAAAGAGGUCCUCCUUAUAGAUCUUGUGAUCUCUUUGAUGAGUUGGUAGCCUUUGAAGUAGAGAGAAUUAAAGUUGAAGAAAAUAACCCAUUGAAGAUGAUAAAGCAUAUCAGAGAACUUGCUGAGCAACUGUUCAAAAAUGAGAAUCCAAACCCUCAUAUGGCGUUCCAGAAAGUUCCACGCCCAACAGAAGGAUCCCACUUGCGAGUUCAUAUUCUUCCUUUCCCAAAGAUUAAUGAAACCCGGGUUCAGGAAUUAAUACAGGAAAAUCUUGCUAAGAACCAGAAUGCACCUCCUGCUACACGAGUGGAAAAGAAAUGUGUUGUGCCAGCAGGUCCACCUGUUGUGGUGCUAUUUGGUCACUUGUACCUCUCUUGUCCUCAGACCCUUCCUGCUGCACUAAGAGCCCUCAAAGGAAAGGCAGCAAGACAGUGUCUCACUGAUGAACUUGGUUUACAUGUCCAGCAAAACCGGGCAAUAUUAGACCAUCAACAGUUUGACUACAUAAUAAGGAUGAUGAAUUGUACUCUACAGGAUUGUUCAAGUUUAGAAGAAUAUAACAUUGCUGCAGCAUUACUCCCUUUGACUAGUGCUUUCUAUAGGAAACUUGCCCCUGGAGUCAGCCAGUUUGCCUACACCUGUGUACAGGACCACCCCAUUUGGACGAAUCAGCAGUUUUGGGAGACAACCUUUUACAAUGCAGUGCAGGAACAGGUUCGCUCCCUUUAUCUCUCAGCCAAGGAAGACAAUCAUGCCCCACAUCUGAAACAAAAGGAUAAGCUUCCUGAUGACCAGUAUCAGGAGAGGACAGCAAUGGACCUGGCAGCUGAGCAGCUACGCCUUUGGCCGACUCUGAGCAAAUCAACUCAGCAAGAGUUAGUGCAACAUGAGGAAAGCACUGUCUUCAGUCAGGCCAUUCACUUUGCAAACCUCAUGGUCAACCUGCUUGUUCCACUGGACACAAGUAAAAACAAGCUCCUAAGAACAUCAGCGCCAGGUGACUGGGAGAGUGGAAGCAACAGCAUUGUCACAAACAGUAUUGCAGGAAGUGUAGCUGAGAGUUAUGAUACAGAGAGUGGGUUUGAAGAUUCAGAGAAUAAUGACAUUGCCAAUUCUGUUGUACGGUUCAUUACCCGAUUUAUUGACAAAGUUUGUACAGAGAGUGGAGUUACUCAGGAUCAUAUCAAGAGCCUUCACUGCAUGAUACCAGGAAUUGUAGCUAUGCACAUUGAGACCCUAGAAGCAGUACAUCGAGAAAGCAGAAGACUUCCACCUAUACAGAAGCCCAAGAUUCUUAGACCUGCUCUGCUGCCAGGAGAAGAAAUUGUUUGUGAAGGCCUUCGAGUCCUGCUGGAUCCUGAUGGAAGAGAAGAAGCCGCUGGAGGUCUUCUUGGAGGUCCUCAGCUCCUCCCAGCAGAAGGAGCCUUGUUCCUCACCACGUACAGAAUUCUCUUCAGAGGGACUCCCCAUGAUCAGCUAGUUGGUGAGCAGACAGUUGUGCGGAGCUUUCCCAUUGCCUCCAUCACAAAGGAGAAGAAGAUUACGAUGCAGAACCAGCUACAGCAGAAUAUGCAAGAAGGACUGCAGAUCACAUCAGCAUCUUUUCAGUUGAUUAAAGUAGCAUUUGAUGAAGAAGUGAGUCCAGAAGUAGUAGAGAUCUUUAAGAAACAGCUGAUGAAGUUCCGUUACCCUCAGUCCAUUUUCAGUACCUUUGCUUUUGCUGCUGGACAAACAACCCCACAAAUAAUUUUACCAAAACAGAAGGAAAAGAACACUUCUUUUCGCACCUUCUCAAAAACAAUUGUGAAAGGUGCCAAAAGAGCAGGGAAAAUGACAAUUGGACGGCAGUAUUUAUUGAAGAGGAGGACAGGGACAAUUGUGGAAGAGAGAGUAAAUCGUCCUGGAUGGAAUGAAGAAGAUGACAUAUCUGUUUCAGAUGAUAGUGAACUCCCCACAAGUACCACCCUGAAAGCCUCAGAGAAGUCUACAAUGGAACAGUUAGUGGAAAAAGCUUGUUUCAGAGACUAUCAGCGUUUAGGUUUAGGAACCAUAAGUGGCAGCUCUUCCCGUUCAAAACCAGAGUAUUUUCGAAUCACCGCCUCCAACAGGAUGUAUUCACUCUGCCGAAGCUAUCCUGGCCUUUUAGUUGUACCUCAAGUUGUACAGGACAGUAGUUUACCAAGAGUAGCACGCUGCUAUCGACACAAUCGCCUGCCUGUUGUGUGUUGGAAGAACUCAAGAAGUGGUACUCUGCUCCUCCGAUCUGGAGGGUUCCAUGGGAAGGGAGUCGUUGGUCUUUUCAAAUCUCAGAACUCUCCUCAGGCCGCUCCUACCUCCUCUUUGGAAUCUUCCAGUAGCAUAGAACAAGAAAAGUACUUGCAAGCCUUACUGAAUGCAGUUUCUGUCCAUCAGAAACUAAGAGGCAACAACACCCUUACUGUUAGGCCAGCCCUUGCUCUGUCUCCAGGUGUAUGGGCAAGUCUUCGCUCUAGCACUCGCUUGAUCAGCUCCCCAACAUCCUUCAUUGAUGUUGGUGCCCGGCUGGCAGGCAAGGAUCACUCAGCGUCUUUUAGUAACAGCACCUACCUACAAAACCAGCUCUUGAAACGCCAAGCAGCCCUUUAUAUAUUUGGUGAAAAGUCACAACUAAGGAGCUUCAAGGUAGAAUUUGCUUUAAACUGUGAAUUUGUUCCUGUUGAAUUUCAUGAAAUCCGACAAGUAAAAGCCAGUUUUAAGAAGCUGAUUAGGGCUUGUAUCCCAAGCACCAUCCCUACUGACUCAGAAGUAACCUUCCUGAAAGCGCUGGGAGACUCUGAAUGGUUUCCACAGCUUCACAGGAUAAUGCAGCUGGCUGUGGUUGUAUCAGAAGUACUUGAGAAUGGUUCCUCAGUUUUGGUCUGUUUGGAAGAAGGCUGGGACAUCACCACACAAGUGACAUCCCUGGUUCAGUUACUGAGUGAUCCCUUUUAUAGGACACUUGAAGGCUUCCGGAUGUUGGUCGAGAAAGAGUGGCUCUCUUUUGGUCACAAAUUCAGUCAGCGGAGCAGCUUGACCCUCAACUGUCAGGGUAGUGGUUUUGCUCCAAUCUUCUUACAGUUUUUGGACUGUGUACACCAGGUUCACAACCAGUAUCCAACUGAGUUUGAAUUCAAUCUCUAUUACUUAAAGUUCUUGGCUUUCCACUAUGUGUCUAAUCGCUUUAAAACAUUUCUCCUGGACUCAGACUAUGAAAGAUUAGAGCACGGAACUUUAUUUGAUGAUAAAGGAGACAAGCAUGCCAAGAAAGGAAUUUGUAUUUGGGAAUGUAUUGACAGAAUGCACAAGAGGAGUCCCAUUUUCUUUAACUAUUUAUAUUCACCAGUGGAAAUAGAGGCCCUGAAGCCCAGUGUAAAUGUCUCCAGCCUCAGAAAGUGGGAUUACUACACAGAGGAGACCCUGUCCUCAGGGCCUUCCUAUGACUGGAUGAUGCUGACCCCCAGGCACUUCCCCUCUGAAGACUCUGACCUGGCUGGAGGAGUUGGGCCCCAGAGCCAGAGGAGAACAGUGUGGCCAUGCUACGAUGAUGUCAGCUGCACUCAGCCCGAUGCUCUCACCAGCCUUUUCUGUGAAAUUGAAAAAUUGGAGCAUAAAUUGAACCAAACCCCUGAGAAGUGGCAGCACCUGUGGGAAAGGGUAACAGUGGACCUUAAAGAAGAACCAAGAGCAGACCGCUCCCCAAGACACCCAUCGGGGUCCCCAGGAAUUAUGUCUACCAACCUACCCUCCUAUCAGAAGAGGUCUCUGCUGCAUCUCCCAGAUAGCAGCAUGGGGGAGGAGCAGAAUGCCAGCAUCCCCCCAUCCAAUGGAGUGGACCGAAGAGCAGCCACGCUCUAUAGCCAGUACACAUCCAAGAAUGAUGAAAACAGGUCCUUUGAAGGAACGCUUUACAAAAGAGGGGCCUUGCUGAAAGGGUGGAAGCCUCGUUGGUUUGUUUUGGAUGUAACAAAACAUCAGCUCAAGACCAGCAAACGUGUAUAUAACUUCUGUGCCCAGGAUGGACAAAGUGCCCAGCAAUGGAUGGACAGGAUCCAGAGCUGUAUCUCUGAUGCCUGAUGCCCAUGGUCAACAUACGCAGAAGAGGUAGAGGAACGUGGGCUGCCCGACAGAAAAAAGAAAAUCCUUGAGGAGCUAACCACAAGUCAUCCCACAGCCUGAGGUUCUCCCGCCCAGUCUUACCCAGUCCCCUUGGGCAGCGAUUGCGAUGUCUACUUAACCUGCAUGGGUGUGUCACACAGGUCUGGUCAAGAGCCCAAGGCAUUCCCUAUAUCUUGCACUAAAUUGUUCUAACAGGGUCUUAGUGGUUAGGGAUCAGAAGAUGCCUCCUGAGCCAACUGUCACCUGCCCCCAGGCAAAAUGGCUACCACCUACCUGGAUCCUUCUUCAUGAAAGCUAGAUCCUUUUUGUUCUCCAACAUCAUAAUUUCCGUGGAGAGCUUUUUAACAGGCAAAAAUUGAAACCCUCCAAGAUUAUCUCCUAUUCUACACAGAAUAGGUUUACCAACAGAGGCACCUACUCGUACUGCCUGACCUUUGAGAUGCUCAGUUCUCUGGUGCUGCCAAAAGGUGCUUCUCUCUGCCAUGGGGGUUCACAGCAAAAGACAUCAUUGCUCAGUGGCAGGCAAAGAGGGAGCACACAGGGUUAUUCCAAUGGAAAAAGAUUGUCCAGGGAAUGAUGCAACAAUGAACAGGCCAAUGCAGGAAAAUACUGUUUCCAAAACACUGACUUCUCUAAACUAGAAGUGCUCUGAGGAUCUAGGACCUGUGUUCCUGUGUAUUCUUCUGCUCCUGGACAGCUUCUUACACAAAAUAACAUGCAAAAAGCUGAAUGCACUAACCCACAAAACAAACACUUGCACUGAACUCCUAAUGAAGAUGUUGGGAAGACAGAGGCCAUCUAUUUAUGACCACACACACCUGUGACAAGGGCUGUGUAGACCACAGUCACACUGUGGCAUGACUGGAUACCCAAACAACACUUCUGCACAUGAAAAGUAAGAACUGUCUUUAGAUUUUCUUUACUUUUGAUAACCUUGUGUUUGUUCAGCUUAAGAUUCAAGAAAUGCUGUUUGCUUAUUAUAAACAGAAACAGCAUUUCCGCUACAGCCACUGACACCAAUUGGAGUCAUAGGUAGCUAGGUCAUUUCAUUUGUUUUGAAAUGUUAAUAUGUUAAAUACUAAACUAAUAUUUCAAAAAUAUGUAUAUAUGAUUUCUACAUCCUUGUUUUUCAGAUAGCCUGCUUAUAAUUUAAUAUAAAAUUAACUAAACUGAUUCAUUUAUAAGAUUUCAAUAAUGAAAUGGUUCCCUUUUUAAAAAAUAAAA